UCCACUGGACAGGAUAAAAGCUGUGAGCCCUAGUCUGCUCCGGACAUAAGCUUUCAGAAACACACUCAGAGACGAGACCAACAGAGACCAGCAGAAACGACACAGACAGAGUUGAUUUGAAGAUGCUUUGCCCCAGCAUGAUGCAGCCUUCCCUCAAUCCAAUGAGCCCAAUGAGCCCCUUCAUGGACUUUCACUGGCCCGUUCGCAGUCUCUGGCCAGAGACACGGCCUCUCUUCUUCCAGAUGGAGCAGGAAAUUAUGCGAAAUAUGCAGGAGAUGAGGCACAAUAUGGAAUAUAUGCAACGACUGCACCAAAAGAUUUUUGAAGACAUUGAAGGCCCAUUAUCUUCAACUGACUUCAAGCCAAUCUCUUUCCAGAUGGGAAAAGAAAACAACCGUUUUGCACUGACACUGGACACUAAAGACUUCUCCCCAGAGGAGCUGUCUGUCAAGCAGGUGGGCAGGAAGCUGAGAGUCAGUGGAAAGACAGAGAAGAAGCAGGAUGAUGGAAAGGGCUCCUACUCUUACAGAUGCCAGGAGUUUAAACAGGAGUUUGAUCUGCCUGAAGGUGUGAAUCCUGAGACUGUCACCUGCUCUUUGAACGAUGGACAGCUACAGAUCCAGGCUCCAAAAGUGGUUGCUGUGACAGAAGGCAAUGAGAGAGUGGUUCCUAUCACUUGCUUACCUGCCAUAACCUCACCCGGCGCUGCAGCUGAGAGCACUGCUGUAGAGGCAGAGCCCAAGAAGGACUGAUUAUGAUGACACUGUAUCAUGAUAUAACUAAUACCAUUAACUUUAUGGCUGGACAAUAAUAUACAACUCCCAUGAAUACUAGUCAGUACAGACAUCAGUGAAUUAUCUCGGGUAAAUUGCUCUUUGUCAAAUUUGAUAAAUGCAACGUCAAUAAUUCUCAACGGCAUGGAAUGUAAAGCCAAUGUUUAUGCACAGUCAAUAAAUGUAUUAUUAUUAUUUUAUUUUUUACAAUGUUUUGCCUUGUUUGAUGUAAUGUCGUUAAACAAACCAGUAUUUCAGUAUGUUGCAUUUGGGUAAUUAAUAUUUUUCCAUUUAAAUCAUGUCCCUGAGUUGGUAUGAUGGGUAUGCUCUGGCCUGGUAAACUUUCCAUUUCAAUAGAUGCCUUGAAAAUCAAAUAGUGGAUCAAAAGACAGAGUUUGAUUUCAUGAAGAGUAAUGUAGUUAAACAAAAUGGUGUUAGAGUAAUGUAGUUAAAAGGUUAUUAGAGUAGUUAGAGUAAUGUAGAUAAAAGGUUGUAGGGUAGUUAGAGUAAUGUAGUUAAACAAAAUGGUGUUAGAGUAAUGCAGUUAAAAGGUUGUUAGGGUAGUUAGAGUAAUGUAGUUAAAAGGUUGUAGGGUAGUUAGAGUAAUGUAGUUAAACAAAAUGGUGUUAGAGUAAUUUAGUUAAACAAAAUGUGCACAAACAGGUUAUGUGUAUGUACAGUAUAUUAUGUGCAAAGAAUUAGGAAUUAUAAUAGUGAUUUACUAGGAUCUGGAUCGUUCCGUGUGUGUCUGUCUGUGUUAGUGUCAUAUUCACAGUGUUCCAAUGUGCUAGAGAAUAUCUGAGUUUCAUAGGAGUGGAGUGGUAGCAGUGAUUACACCAAUCAUGUUGUUGUCGUCAUGAUAUCACUGAAGAGAUCCUGACAUAUCUGAACUAUUUCUCACAACACUGUAAAAGGUUAAGAGCAGUGUGAACACUGCAUAUCAAAAAAGAUGACGAGUAAGAAAUUAUCCCAUGACCUGAACAUGUAACUGCAAUUAAAGGUCUGGUAAGGUUGUCCUGAA